AUGACAUCAAGCAACUUGUUUGAUGGUUUAGAACUAAUUACGCAAGCUCCUAAAUCAGGCAAGUCUAAUGUAAUACUAUUCACCACGCGCAUCACCUCAAAGCUUACUGAGUUUUUACAAGAUGAUUUCAACUUUGAACUCUCAUUAAGAUUAUUGAACAACUUAAAGGAACAACUACGUAUCCAAUCUAUAAAAGAUGAGUCACUACGAUUUAAACAAUUGAUAGCAUCCUUAUUUACACGAGCUGUAUUCAAUUCACUACUAGAGAAAGAUUUAUUUGAGAAUAUCAAGUUCACUUAUAAUGAUUAUGGAAAACCACAAUUAUUAAAUCAGAAUUUCCAAUUUAAUUCCAGUAGUUCAAAUGAUAUCAUUAGUAUAAUUAUUGAAUUUUCAGACACGGCUAAUCCAAUAGGUAUAGACUUAUCUCAUGCCAGACAGCCAGCAAUAUCGAAGGAAAAUUGCAUUGAAGAAUUUCGAUCAAUAUUCCAUCCUGUAGAGUUAUCCUAUUUUGAUACGAUUGAAGAUGUUGAAAGAAGAUAUUUUGAAUUUAAUCAUUUUUGGACCUUAAAGGAAGCAUUUACUAAAUUGAUAGGUUCGGGGUUAAACGUGGAAUUGGCAGAUUUUUAUUUCAACGUGAAACAAGAGUUCAGUGAGAAGCAGGACCAGCAUUGUAAUGAAUCAAUACCGAGAGGUAUGGUAUCCGAAUAUUCAUUAGAUUGGUUUAGAGAUAUACAACUUAAUAUUGACAAUUUAUUAGACAAGAGAAAUAAAUUUAUAGAGAACUUAUCAAAUAAGCUGGUUUUCAAUUGUCACUGUUCCAUAUUGGAGAAUCGACAAGAGGAGGAAUUACCAGUAAUAAUUACAUUUAUAAAUCAAAACGAGAUUGAAUUAAUUCGUAGUUUUGAAUUGAAUUUUGAAAACAUAUUAAAUAAGUACAUUUAA